CCGGUGUUCUCCGAGGACGAGCGUAAAACGUAACCUCUUGAGACCCUCGUGACACAUGUGAGUGCUCCAAAAAUCCUGUCAAAAAGAAAAAAAAACGGACAAUAAAACAAUGGUGAUGAGUGAAGCAGAGGACAGGUUGACACAGAUAAACACAGCCCUGAACAGAUCGAUGGUGCUGAUGGAGGAGUCUGCAAGAAGCUCUCCAAAGCCCAAGGAUAAGAGAUCCCGUAAGUCAAUAACGAUAAACACAACAGCAGUCAAGGCGACGAGUACUCCUGUCCAGGAGAACACAAUCAGGAAGAGUAUCUUAAAGAGAAAGGAGACUGAAAAAAAUGAGGAGACUCCGCUCACCGGGAGUUUGUCGUUCUCCAAUGGUUGGAACCCUGGGAGCACCGAGGAGAACACCCACAAGGCGGUGGAUCGUCCUCACAACCUAGAGGAAUUGGUCUCGAUGGAGCAGCUAGUGGUUGAUUCCACAAGUCAAACCUACACUUUAGAGGACGUGGACCCGGACGAUGAGCUCUGGAUUAUCGAUGUCCCCAAGUCUGUCGAGCCUCUAGAACUGCAAGGACAAAUUCUCCACCUCGGGGCUAAAACUAAAAUGAAAAUCGGUCAGGAGAAGUACCAGGCAACUAGUCACGAUACUUCGGAUUGUCUCACCUGCGUUUUUGGCACUGGGAGGGACGACAAACCCUUCAAAAUCGUUAAUAUCAGACCCUCUGGGACCGUCACGAUGAGGAGAAGACUGACGUCGGUGGCUAAAGCCUGUCUCGGGGCUGACAUUGCCAAGAAUCCUGUGCCCUUCCCCAAGGGAAUCAAACCACGGGAUCCACUUGCUGGGGUUUCGCUCAAUGGAAAAGUUAAGAAGAAGUCCAAGUCUAGGUUGAAGAAACUCGAUGGAUUAGAUUAAGAGGGUCGUUCGGGGUGGUAUGUAUUGAAUCAAUACUUUCGAGAUGCGAGGGUUUAUACAUAUUUUAUUAUAAGGCGCUCAGCUUUUUUGAGAAUGUGAGGAAUUCGUUUGGAGUUUUUUUACUCUGGAUUGGGAAUUUUAGCAGCUGAAGGGAGAGAAGUUUGUGUGGUAUUUCAUUAUAAAAGGCGACUCUGGAUGUUUUUUUUUAAUCUACUUCUGGUAGUGUUCCUUAAUUAUGUGCUACUGAGUUCUAGAAUUUUCAUGAAUUGAUGAAUUGAUCCUGGAACAGUUUAUCUUUGUUACAAUUAAUUAAUGAAGUACUCUAAUGAAGAAUGGUGUAAUUCAAUAAAUUUUUUAUUAUUUUUGCACUGAAAAAAUGGGAAAUUUUUUCUUCUUUAGAAUUGAUACAAUGAAUUAAUAACCUUUAACCUAGCGAAUGAAAAUAAAAAAAUUGUUGUUCUUCCCACGGCCGAGAUUACACCGAGAUUUCCGCGCGUGAAUCGAAUCAUUGAUUUAGGAGAUAUUCAAUUUUGUAUCUAAAUCUAUUUUCAGUAAAAUAUUGGAAACCAGAAACUGUAUCCAACUGAUUUCAUUUGAUUUUCUGUCUUAUGGAAUUGAGUGUAUUAAAUCAUGUUUAUUAAAUCCCGAAAAAA